AUGUCUACACCUGAGCCUCCUCUGAUCUCAGCCGAAGAUGAAUGGUCGCCGCUUCGAUCUGUCAUUGUCGGUAGGGCAGAAAACUCUGCUUUCCCAUCCGAGCCGGAUCAUAUGAUGGCAGCAACCAUGCCCCCAGAGCACCUGCCGUACUUUAAGCCCUCGAGCCCUUUUCCCCCUGAUAUCCUCGCUAGGGCACAGGCGGAGCUUGACAACUUGGCACACAUCUUGCAAAGGGAAGGAGUCCGCGUGUACCGUCCCAACAAGGUCAAUUGGCUCAAAGUGCAAGGCUACACUGGCGCUAUGCCCCGAGACGGUCUGAUGACAGUGGGAACUGCACUAAUCGAGGCGCCAUUUGCCUGGCGUUGUCGUCGCCAUGAAAUCACCUUGGCUUACUCUGACAUUCUGUCUGAGUUGGGAAGCAGCGACUUAGGCGCUACCAUUUGUCGAGCACCAUUGAUUACUGGCGAUGACACCCUAUAUCACGGCAAGCUAGGCAAGAGCACGACCAGAGGCAAUGGUUCCGCCUCCCACUGGUCCAUCAAUAACUCAAGGCCCGCCUUUGACGCGGCAGACUUUAUGCGCUUCGGCAAGGUCGUUAUCGGCCAGCUGAGCCAUGUUACGAAUCGCAGAGGAGUGGAAUAUCUACGGGCCGUGGUCCCAGAGGGUUACAAAGUCGAGAUUCUGAAGACAACGGACGAGCAUGCCAUGCAUAUUGAUGCCACUCUCCUACCCUUACGCAAAGGUCUUAUGGUAUAUCACCCGGAGCGCGUAACCGAGCAUGAACUGAGGCAACAUGAGGUGUUCCGCGACUGGGAGCUGCUCGCUUGCCCAAUAGUGCCGAAGCCCCGUCAACCCCCGAGCCCACCGAUGUACAUGUGCAGUCCCUGGCUGUUCCUGAAUGCUCUUAGUCUGGAUGAGAAGCGUGUGCUAGUUGAGGCGAACGAUAAGGAAUUCGCAGCAUGGCUCAAAACGCUGGGCAUGGAGCCAAUCAUGAUCCCUUUUGCACAUGUCAACAGCAUUGGUGGGUCAUUCCAUUGCGCUACCGUCGAUCUUGUUAGAUCUGGCGCACAGGAGUAG